UUUCUACGAGGUAAACCAAUCUCGGUUUCGGGCCAUUCCCUCACGAGACACGUAUAUUUCAUUAUCUAUGUUCACGGACGGAGCGUGCUUCUUCACAGUGACCGCUGCUGGAGGCAAUGGCCUGCAGUACCUGGCUCGAGGGCUCUGAACACACAAUCUUUGUUUCCGCCGUCGCUGCCAAACGACUGGAAGAUCGCAAGGAUCGGUAAGAAUAUCUGGCCUCCUCGGUCCUUACGAUCUCCGACGAAGCAAGCACGCGCUUACCGGGCAGUGCUCCGUAGUCAUCAGAGUACCUGUCUACUUUGUGCGCCCUCAAUCAAUGAAGCCAUCGGUCUAUUAAUGAAUUCGGUCUUCAUCUCGCUCUGUCUCGCAUUGUAAACCCAAUCCAACAGCUGAC